AACACCGUUAACGACAACGAUUCCGCCUCCUCCGCCCCCGUCGCCGUUGAUCGUCCCCCCCUCUCCCGGCCCGUCUCCGCCGCUCUGGUCACGAUCGCCGUCCCCGGCGUCCCUGAUCCCCACCACCAACAGCAAAUUCAGUCGGAGAUCGCGAAGAAGCUGACGCCGCCGCCCGAUGAAUCGCGGAAGCUGUUCCAGUGCCUCAGGACCGACGAGGACGAGAUUGAGCUGUUGCAGGGGUUCCUCAAUUACACCACCCAGCGCUGCGGCCCACAUACCUCCUCGCAGCACCACCACGACACCACCGCCUUCUACGACCAGAUCAGGAGCAAAUUCCAGCUCGAUUUCUAUCAGAACCAGCUCGUCGAGAAGCUGUGUCGCCUCAAAAAGAAGUACCGCAACGUCAUCAGUAAAUUCGGCACUGGGAAGGAGUAUACGUUCAAGAGCCCCCACGAGCAGGCCAGCUUCGAAAUCUUCUCCAAAAUUUGGGGCAACGCCGCCGUCAAUGGCGCCGCCGCCUACCGCGCGCCUCCCGUGCCGAUCGAUGAGGACGAGGACGGCAUCAACAACCCUAAUGUCAAUAAUUUCGUCGAUUGCCAGAGCCCCAACCCAAACGGCAUUGAUAAAAACGCCAAAACUCCGCGCUCCAGGAAGAGGAACCGUGCCGGAGCGGCGGCGGAGGCCAUCGGCUAG